GGCAAGUGUUCAAUACGAUUAGUGAAAGAUAUUCGUACGUUAGGUGAAUGUGACGUGCGAUCGCCUAAGGACACUUUCUUUUCGUUAGUGUCAUACGAUCCCAACAAUAGCAGACUGGCUUCCGUUCAAGGAGAAAUCCGCGUUGGCGGUUCUUAUCAGUCUUUGAUAAUUUUCGGUGAACAAAUGAAAUUGCAGGCGAAAGUGCCACCAUUGGAGAUCGGUUCAGCUGUAGAUGAACCGGACCGUGAUGAGUUGGUGUGGAGACCAGGGUAUAUCAGCGAGGAAAGCGAGCAUGUAUAUAAAAGGGCAACUCGUUCAUUCCGUAUGUUUGCGAUGGUUCGGAACGAGCAUGUCACCCAAAUGGAACGAGAUUUUAGGACAGGCGAUUUGUGCAUGUACGAUGCGAUUAUCACCUUGCAUAAAUGUGGCUACAAUGUAAAUCAUGCAAUAGAGGCAAUGAACAAGAAUGAUGAGCAUCUCCUCAAAGUAACGAAUUUUAUGAGUGCAGAUGAUGCGAAGAAAUUCGCUAAAGGCAUUAAAACGUAUGGCAAAAAUUUCUUGAAAAUUAAAAAGGAGCUUUUGCCACAUCAUGAAAGGGAUGAACUUGUUCAAUUUUAUUACGGGUGGAAGAAAACACGUGACGCCACACGUCCAAAACCAUUAACAAGGCAGCGUAAUACAACUGCGGCCACCUAUCGUAAACCAAAGAAUAAUCAGUCGAAGGCAACACGAGCCGGUAGCACUGAUUUGGCAGAUUACGCGUCUGCAAGUGAAACUGAAGUGGACGAGUUAGAGAGUGAUGGUCGUGCAUGUCAUCAUUGCUAUUCAUCCAAGAGUAAAGACUGGCAUCAUUCGGGUAAAGAGCGACAAUUACUAUGCACUGAGUGUAGGAUAUUUUAUAAGAAGUAUGGACAGUUACGACCUGUUGAUCGACCAAGCACGGUACCGCCUUCACUUCAUAAACCGAAAAGUGCUGAUGAGAAUGACGAAGAGGAUCACGGUGUUCGAACGCGUGCUGGUAACAAAAAAGAACGUCGACGCACUCCUUCUGAUACAGACAAGAAGAGUUCGAGUCCUCAGAGUUUGAGUGAUUUGGCUGAAAUUAAGCAGCGAAAUGGGAAGAGGAAAAGGAAUCACAUUCAAACUCCGGAACAUAUGAACGGUAACGCGAAAAGGCGUAUCAUAAAAGAGGAGAAAGACGAUUCUGGCGCAGAAUCAAUGACACUAAGAGAGGAGGAUAUGAGCAGCAGUCGUGAAAAUUCAAUUAUGAGUGAUUCACUUGAUAACAAAAAGGCAUCAAUAAUAGUUGAGUCGGAAGUGGUUGAAAAGAUGGAGACGGAAGCCAUACAAGCCACAAUGGCUGAAGGAAUGGCAGCUAGUCCAGAGAGUAGCGCCACAGCAGCUCUACGUCAACCUCUAAGUGUUGCAUCGAGCUCAAAUAUGCGUCAACUGGCUGAACCCCUAUCAUCAGGCGCAGUCACCAAGAACGAGGAAGAAUUACUGGUGAAUGGAACAAUUUCUAAUGACACAAAGCCAAGCACUAGCACUGCCAACUUACUAACCGAUUCUAUACAGAUUCUCGGAAUAGAUGUAAAAAUGCUUCAGGAUCGUAAAGUAGAUGAGAAGGAGAUGGACGACGGUUCGUGGAAGAUUGGCGAUUCUGUUGUUGAGACGACCAACAAUGCUUCUUUUGUACGCAUUAUAGAACGCCGUUGUGGACAGAUGAGUGCUCGCACAGAUCUUGCUUAUCGAAUAAAGCCAGGUUGCGAAUGGAUUAAAAAACGUGAAGCGCGUACCAAUUCAGCCAAACAUCAGGCCAACGUUGGCAAUAAAAAGCCUGCUGAGACGACUGUACUUCCUGUGAAUCCGAUAGUGUCGUCAGCUCCAUUACCGCAGUUACCAAAUACGCCGGGUGUGGAGGCAUUUAUGGGAGGUCGGGUCCCCAUGAAUGGCCUUCCAGCCAUGUUCCAAAGCGUUCCGGAUCCCCGACUCGCCUUUCUCAGCCCCCAACAACAAUAUGCGGCUGCAUUUGCUAUUGAGCAGAGAAUAGAUGUUUUGCAGCAUGCAGCUCUUCAUAAGCAAAUGGAGCAACAGAUACGCGCACAUCAGAUGGAAUUGAUGCGUAAUGGUGGUAAUGGAGCAGUUACACCAACUGCUACGGCCUCACGGGAUACGCCAUCACGAGGAGCUGCAGCUCAUGCACUCUCUGCGGCGAAUAUGAUGCCAUCGGCAUACCACGGUUUCGGUAUGGACCCGCGGGCAUUCGCAACGCUUAUGCAUAAUCCUCAAAUGGCAGCGCAGUUCGGUAUUGGCCUGGAUGGUCAUACGGCGGCCAUGAUGAAUGCACUCGAGCAACGAUCAGCUAUUGAGCAAAGAAUGCUUGUAGCCCAAAUGGGUGGACUAGACAUGCUUGCAGCAGCUGCUGCUGCAGGACCGAACGGCAAUCUGGCAGUAGUGUCACAGUCAAACGCACAACCAAACACGAAUGCACCUCCACCCCCGACUGCUCAUCUACAUCCACAUGCAGCUGCGAUGAUGCAGCAUGCUGCUGCGGCUGCUGCAGCCUCUCAACCGAACAGUGAAGCUAUUCAAUUGCAACAACUUCUUGCACUAUCGGCAGCAGCACAAGCUCAGCGACCAUUCAUGGAGCAGAAUCCUUUAUUACAAAUGUCAAUGAUGAAUUCAUUUGGUAGCGAAAUGGCUUCUCGGAUGGUGAAUCCAGGUGCGCUUAGCUCAGAUAUGAUGCGACGUCUACAGCAAGAGGGUGGCUUCACGCCUCCACAACAAAGACCGUGA